GGCGCGAGUUGGAAAGUUUGCCCGAGGGCUGGUGCGGGCUGGGAGCCGGGGGCACGCGCUCUGCCCUCCGAGCCAGAACGGGCCGGUGACCAAAAUCUUGUGCCACUGACUUCAACCAUGGUGCAUCCAGAUUCUCCUCAGAAGUGAGACUUUCCAAAGGACCAAUGACUCUGUUCCCUGUGCCCUUUCAUUUUUUCCUACUCUGUAGCUAUGUCUCGAUCCCGCCAUGCAAGGCCUUCCAGAUUAGUCAGGAGGGAAGAUCUGAACAGAAAGAAAAGCACCCAACUGAAGAAGACAUCUAAGGCAGCCAACAAAAAUGUGGCAUCAGUCAAGACUGUGAGCCCUGGAAAAUUAAAACAAUUAAUUCAAGAAAGAGAUGUUAAGAAAAAAAUAGAACCCAAACCACCUAUGCCAGUCAGAAGCCUUCUGACAAGAGCUGGAGCAGCACGAAUGAAUUUGGAUAGGACUGAGGUUCUUUUUCAGAACCCAGAAUCCUUAACUUGCAAUGGGUUUACAAUGGCUCUCCGAAGCACCUCUCUUAGCAGGCGACUCUCCCAACCUCCAGUGAUCAUAGCCAAACCCAAGAAAGUUCCACCUCCUAAAAAUUUAGAAAAGCAACAUGGAUGUGAUUAUAAUGUAGUUGCUGACAUGGGAGUAAAACACUCAGAGAAUGAAUCAGUUCCAACACAAGUUCCCCUAAUUGCUCCUGAUGUAGAGAAUCUAAUUGGUGUUCAGAAUGCAUCUUUAAUUAAAGGUGAGAGCCAAGAGACAACCCAGUCUUGGUCCCAAAGGGUGGAGGAUUCCAAAAUAAAUAUUUCCACUCAGAGUGACCCUGCAGUAGAGAUCCUUUCUGGGUCAUCGGAAGAGACAUGUGGUGGUGAAGGACUAUUCUCUAAAGAGACAUUGAAUGCUAUCAGUGACUCCCCUAGAAUGUUUGCUCAGGACACUCUGUGUGCUCCUUUGCUCCAAAGAGCAGCCCUCAAGGUUACUUACGAAGGAAACUCCAGCAUUCAGUUAGAAGAUUUGGGUUCACGAGUAGAAUCUCUUAAGCUAUCUGAUGCUUACCUGGAUCCCAUCAAAAGUGAACGUAAUUGCUACCCCACCUCAGGCUUUAAUAAGGUUAUACCUGAAUUGGACCUUAGAAACUGUUUGUCCAUUGGUGGGUCAAUAUAUCCUACCUCAUUAAUAAAACUCCUCUUGGCAAGCUCAGAGCAAGAAACCCUUGGUGCUAAACCAGAUCAUCAAGAGGCACUCAAAGCUAUCCCAGAGCAACAGGAAAUUCCUGAUACCACCCCUAUCAUAGGACAGGCUUUUAGUGCUGUCCCACAUCGAUGGGAAGUUCCUGGUGAUAACAUAAUUCAUGGAGAGGCUCUGGAUGAGACCGUAGACCCACCAGUGAUGCCUGGUGCUAUUCCAGUCCAAGGAGAGGUCUUCGGUGCUAUCCUAGACCAACAAAUCCUCAGAAUGGGUGGUGGUACUGCCUCAGACCCACCUAUCUUUCUUCCUGCUCCUCUAAACCCAAUUGCUACCUAUAAUGCUCUCCCAGAAUGGCUUGAGCCCCAGAGCACUGUUUCAUAUGGGUUUGAGGUCCAGGGCGCUGUGCAGAUUUUGCCUUUGGGCUCAGGUCACACUCCUCAGCCAUCAUCAAACUCAGAGAUAAGUUCGGUACCUCCAAUAAUGACUAUUAGCAAUAUAGAAAAUGAGAAGCAGGUUCAUAUAAGCUUUCUGCCAGCUAACACUCAGGGGGUCCCAAUAGCCCCUGAGCGAGGACUCGUCCAUGCUUCCCAGGGCAUUACCCAACUUUCCCAGGCUGGUGCCAGCACAUUGGAAGGAGGGAGCUCCCAGAUCAGCAUGACCAGUGUGGUUGACAUCAACACCACAGUGGUGUCUAGGCCAGUGUCACUCGCCAGUACCUCCUCUUCUCCUUCCUAUACAACUUUGCUACCUACUUUGGAAAAGAAGAAACGAAAGCGCUGUGGGGUCUGUGAGCCCUGCCAGCAGAAGACCAAUUGUGGUGAAUGUACUUACUGCAAGAACAGAAAGAACAGCCAUCAAAUCUGUAAGAAAAGGAAAUGUGAAGAGCUGAAAAAGAAACCAUCCGUCCUUGUGCCUUUGGAGGUUAUAAAAGAAAACAAGAGGCCCCAGAGGGAAAAGAAGCCCAAAGUUUUAAAGGCAUAUUUUGUCAACAAACCAGUAAAUGGCCCCAAGUCAGAAUCCAUGGAAUACAGGAGGAGCUAUGGGGGGGAACAGAGAUUGGAAUUAAACCCACCUCCCCUCGAAAAUGUAACUAAAAAUGAAGAAAGUAUGACAGGUAUUGAAGUGGAGAAGUGGACGCAACACAAGAAAUCACAUUUAACCGAUCAUGUCAAAGGUGAAUUUAAGGCAAUUGUGACAGAAGCUGAAAAAUUAAAAAAUUCUGAAGAUGACAGGAAAAAAGUCCUACUUACUGACUUAAUUGAGCCUCAGAAAUUGUUUGCACAAACCGUAAGAAAUGGCAUUAAAAAUGUACGCUAUUUACCAACCGAAACAAAUGUGUCUUUUAAAAAAUUCAAUAUUGAAGAAUUUGGCAAGGCAUUUGAAAACAAGUCCUAUAAAUUCCUGAAAGACACUGCCAACCAUAAUGCCAUGAGUUCCAUUGCCGCUAGUACGAGCUGUGAUCAUCUCAAAGGGAGAAAUAAUGUUUCAGUCUUCCAGAAAUCUGGCUUUAACUGCAAGUCUUUUCCAGAUCCUGCAACGUUCAACUUAAAUAGUCAUACUAGUACACACAAUGAAAGUGAUGAACCAAAAUCUCUAGAAAAUAUACCAAGUAAAGAACCAAAAGGUGGAUCUCCAGUUCAACCAAGCCUUCUAUCCCUAAUGAAAGAUAGGAGAUUAACACUGGAACAAGUGGUGGCCAUAGAAGCUCUGACCCAACUGUCAGAAGCCCCAUCAGAAAAUUCCUCACCAUCAAAGUCAGAGAAGGAUGAAGAAACAGAACACAGAACAGCGAGUUUGCUUAAUAGCUGUAAAGCUAUCCUCUAUUCUGUAAGAAAAGACCUCCAAGACCAAAACUUACAAGGGAAGCCAGAAAGCCUUCAUCACUAUCCAUCUUUGGAAAAGCAGAGUUCUUGUGACACAGUGGUAUUCAAUGGCCAAAACAUUUCCAAGUCACACAACAGCUCAGCUGCUAACCAGGCACCUACAAAGUCACAGGAAUACUCAAAAGUCACAAAUUCGGUAUCUCUUUUCAUACCAAAUUCAAAUUCACCUAAAAUUGACGCCAAUAAAAAUGUUGCUCAAGGUAGAAUUACUCUUGAUAGUUCUAAGAAUUUGCACCAUUUGCCACCAUCUAGUGAUAAAUUGGGAUACUGUAACCAGUCACUGGCCAACAGUAAAAAGAUAGACUUGAAAGACGAUCCGUCGUGUCUAAAUACAAUACACAGCAAAAUAGAGGAAGACGUUGCAACACAGUUAACACAACUUGCGUCAAUAAUUAAAUUCAAUUACAUAAAACAAGAGGACAAAAAGGUUGAAAGUACACCAACAAGCCUUGUUGCAUAUAAUGUACAGCAAAAAUGUAGUCAGGAGAAGGUCACAGUACAACAGAAACCACCUUCCAGUGUACAAAAUAAUCAUAACUCAUCAUUGACAAAGCAAAAGAACACAACACAGAAAAAGACAAGAGCUACCCCAUCAAGAGAUCGGCGGAAAAAGAAGCCUAUAGUCAUAAGUUGUCAAGAAAAUGAUCGGAAAAAGCAGGAACAGUUGUCAUAUGAGUAUAGUAAGUUACAUGACAUUUGGAUAGCAUCUAAGUUUCAAAGAUUUGGUCAGUUUGGUCCACACGACUUUCCCAUUCUCUUGGGAAAAAUUCCUCCCCUAACCAAAGUAUGGAAACCACUGACUCAAACGAGUUCAGCAUUAGAACACAAAAAAUUAUUUCCUCCACUCACUCAGAUAAAAUUUGAGCGUUAUUAUCCUGAAUUAGCACAGGAAAGAAACAUGAAGGUUGAAUCGUUGGAUUCUCUCCCAUUAUGCCAGUUAAAAACAGAAUCCAGUGGACAGGCGUUUACAGAAAAAGUUGAUAAUUCUCAGGUACAGCCAACAGUGAAUGUCAAUCAGAAAGCUCAUCCUUUACUCCAGCCCUCCCCUCCAACUAACCAGUGUGCUAAUGUCAUGGCCGGUGAUGACCAAACACAGUUCCCGCGGAAUGUUAAAGACCAACUCAUGCAUCAGAAACUGCCAACAUUGCCUGGUAUCUCUCAUGAAACCCCCUUACCAGACCCAGCACAAAUUCUCAGGAAUGUCAAUGUAGUAUGUUCAGGUGGAAUUACAGUGGUUUCUACCAAGAGUGAAGAGGACAUCUGUUCAUCUAGUGUUGGAGCUUCAGAAUUUUCCCCAAUAGACAGUGCACAGAAAAGUUUUAAUGAUUAUGCCAUGAACUUCUUUACCAAUCCUACAAAAAACCUGGUGUCCACAACGAAAGAUUCUGAAUUGCCAACCUGCAACUGUCUUGAUCGAGUUAUACAAAAAGACAAAGGCCCAUAUUAUACACACCUUGGGGCAGGACCAAGUGUUGCUGCUGUCAGGGAAAUCAUGGAGAAUAGGUAUGGUCAAAAAGGAAAUGCAGUAAGGAUAGAAAUUGUAGUAUAUACGGGAAAAGAAGGAAAAAGCUCUCACGGUUGUCCAAUUGCUAAGUGGGUUUUAAGAAGAGGCAGCGAUGAAGAGAAAGUUCUUUGUCUGGUUCGGCAACGGACAGGCCAUCACUGCCCAACAGCUGUGAUGGUGGUGCUUAUCAUGGUAUGGGACGGCAUUCCUCUCCCCAUGGCUGACAGAUUGUACACGGAGCUUACUGAAAACCUAAAGUCAUACAAUGGUCAUCCCACAGACCGAAGAUGCACGCUCAAUGAAAACCGUACCUGUACAUGUCAAGGAAUUGAUCCAGAGACUUGUGGAGCUUCGUUCUCUUUUGGCUGUUCAUGGAGUAUGUAUUUCAAUGGCUGUAAAUUUGGUAGAAGCCCAAGCCCUAGAAGAUUUAGAAUUGAUCCAAGCUCUCCCUUACACGAAAAAAACCUUGAAGAUAAUUUACAGAGUUUGGCUACACGAUUAGCUCCAAUUUAUAAGCAGUAUGCUCCAGUUGCUUACCAAAACCAGGUAGAAUAUGAACAUGUUGCCCGAGAAUGUCGGCUUGGCAGCAAAGAAGGUCGUCCGUUCUCUGGGGUCACUGCUUGCCUAGACUUCUGUGCCCAUCCCCACAGGGACAUUCACAACAUGAAUAAUGGAAGCACUGUGGUUUGUACUUUAACAAGAGAAGAUAACCGCUCCUUGGGGGUUAUCCCUCAAGAUGAGCAGCUGCAUGUGCUACCGCUCUACAAACUCUCAGACACAGAUGAGUUUGGCUCUAGUGAAGGAAUGGAAGCCAAGAUCCAAUCUGGGGCCAUUGAGGUGCUCGCACCCUGCCGUAAAAAAAGAACGCGUUUUACUCAGCCAGUUCCUCGUUCCGGGAAGAAGAGGGCAGCAAUGAUGACAGAAGUUCUCGCACAUAAGAUAAGAGCUGUGGAGAAGAAAUUCAUUCCUCGGAUCAAGCGCAAGAAUAACUCGACAACAAACAAUAGCAAGGCUUCAUCGCUACCGCUUUUAGGGAAUAAAACUGAAGCCUUGCAACUUGAAAUAAAAAGUGAAACUGAACCCCAUUUUAUCUUCAAAGGUUCGGACAACACUAAAACCUACUCAUUGACCCCAUCCAUUCCUCACACAUUGAAAGAGGCAAACAUAGUUCCAGGUUUCUCCUGGUCCCCUAAGACUGCGUCGGCCACAACAGCUCCUCUUAAGAACGAUGCGUCAGUUCCGUACGGGUUUUCAGAAAGAAGCAGCAAUCCCCACUGCACAGUGCCUUCUGCGAGACACAGUGGUGCUAAUGCAGCUGCAGGGGAAUGCACUGGAAUUGCACAGCCUGGCGACGUGGUUUCUCUUCCCACCUUGUUGACUCCCAUGACAGAUACCCUGGUUUAUUCUGAGCCUCCCACUGGUCCGUCUGAACAGCUACCUUCUAAUCAUUCAAACCAGCAACUCCCAUUCACCACCUCGCCUCAUGACCUGGCUUCCUCUCUGGUGGAAGAAGAUGAGCAGCAUUCUGAUGCAGAUGAGCCUCUAUCUGAUGACCCCCUCUCAGACGACCCCCUGUCACCCACUGAGGAGAAACUGCCCCACAUCGAUGAGUAUUGGUCAGACAGUGAACACAUCUUCUUGGAUGCCAACAUUGGUGGGGUGGCAAUUGCGCCUGCCCAUGGCUCCGUUUUGAUCGAGUGUGCCCGGCGAGAGCUUCACGCAACCACUCCUGUCGAACACCCAAACCGGAAUCACCCCACACGCCUCUCCCUUGUUUUCUACCAGCACAAAAACCUGAAUAAGCCCCAACAUGGUUUUGAACUGAACAAAAUUAAGUUUGAGGCUAAAGAAGCUAAGAAUAAGAAGAUUAAGGCCUCAGAGCAGAAAGACCAGGCAGCUAAUGAGGGUCCCGAACUGUCCCCUGAAGUUAAUGAGUUGAACCAAAUUCCUUCUCAUAAAGCGUUAACAUUAACCCAUGACAAUAUUGUCACCGUGUCCCCUUAUGCUCUCACACAUGUUGCAGGACCCUAUAACCAUUGGGUCUGAAGGCUUUUCUCCCCUUCUUAAUGCCUUUGCUAGUGCAGUGUAUUUUUUCAAGGUGCUGUUAAAAGAAAGUCAUGUUGUCGUUUACUUAUCUUCAUCUCACCCAUUUGAAGGCUGAGGUAAAAAAAACAAAAACAAAAAUAGGGUGGGUAUUUCUUAACUGUGACUAUAUUUUGACAAUUGGUAGAAGGUGCACAUUUUAAGCAAAAAUAAAAGUUUUAUAGUUUUAAAUACAUAAAGAAAUGUUUUGGUUAGGUGUUAACCUUGAUAGAAUCACUCAGUUUGGUGCUUUAAAUUAAGUCUGUUUACUAUGAAACAAGAGUCAUUUUUAGAGGAUUUUAACAGGUUCAUGUGCUAUGAUGUAAAAUCAAGACACAGUGUUAACUCUACACAGCUCCUGGUGCUUACCCACAUCAACAGUUAAAAAUAAGCUGCAUUAUUAUUUCAUGGUGCCAUCGUUCCAACAUCUUCCAAUCAUUGCUAGAAAAUCGGCGUAUUCCUUUGAAAUAAACCAAUGAAAUGUUUUCUCUCUCAAGAUAUCUCUCCUGUAUAAAAUAAUUCAUUAUUGUUAAUAAUGGUUGGAGGCUGUUCAUAAAUUGUAAAUAUAUAUUUUAAAAGCACUUUCUAUUUUUAAAAGUAACUUGAAAUAGUAUAGUAUAAGAAUCUUAUUGUCUAUUGUUUGUGCAUAUUUGCAUACAAGAGAAAUCAUUUAUUCUUGCUGUGUAGAGUUCCAUCUUGUUAACUGCAAUAUGUAUUCUAAUCAUGUAUAUGAUUUGUUUUUUUUAAAAUGUGUCCUUUCUCAUGCAGAUAUUAGCUACUUAUAUAAAAUAGUUAGAACAUGCAAAAAUUGUUAAUUUUCUCUAAAAUCGGAAUUAGGAAGCAUAUCACCAAUGUCGAUUAACAUUUUAUUUGGAACUAAGUAAGAGUGGUCUCUUCUGAUUUAUCAAGCAACAGUGGCUCCAAUUUUACUUUCACCCCAGCUUUCUCAAUGUCAUCAUGAAAGGUUUUUGCAAAAGGAGAUGGGACAUUGUAGGAUUCAGAAGAGUCAAAUGCUUCUAACGUUUCAAGGUGAUAAAAUACAAAAAUUAAGUAGCAAGAACCCUACCCAUCCCAAAUUGCCUUAUUUGUUCUGAAAGUCAUUCGGGUACAGAAUUAGAAUAAAAUUCCCACAGAAAUCUUUUGAAAACAAAUUCCCUAUUGUCGUCACACAUCCACACAUCCCAAACAGUAGGAGUGGUAAUCUAAAUACGGUAUUGCCCAUUAAGAGCUAAUCCAGAGUAGUUUAUCUAAGCGAAUUAGUUUUAGGGAAAUAAAUACUCAUCUUCUCUGGUAAUUGCCUGUGUUCUAGGUAACAGGAAAAUAGGCAUUUCAUUUAUGUUAGCCCUCCCAUAUUUUUUCCCAUCACUUAUUGGCUCAUUUUAUAGCAAAACAAAAGGUAUUGCCCAAACAAAAUGUUUAGAGCAUGAAAUUUCAGUGAAAUACUUGAUUCUAUUAAAAUGCAGAGGUGCUAUAACAUUCAAAGUGUCAGAUACCUUGGGAGUGUGGAAAACCUAAAUAAUGGUGCUUCUCCCUUGGAAAUGCCAUAGGAAGCCCACAACUGCUAACACUCAACAAUUUUGGUGCAAAAGCAAAUAGUUCCAGCAAGCUCUAAAGAAAAACUCAUUGUAACUUAUAUUAAAAUAAUAUAUGGUGCAAAGUAUCAGUCUCAAGCUUUUGACUAAUCCAAGUAAAGGAAUAUGAAGGGAUUGUAUAUAACAAAUAUCCAUUGGUAGACCAUCAUCUUGUACAAGUAGAUUUCUGCUUCUUGAAUAUGUAAAAUAGGGUGAUUCGUUGACUUGUUUUAGUAUUUUGUGUGCCUUAGAUUUCCGUUUUAAAACGUAUAUUUUUGUGAGCCUAAGG